ACGUGCCCCCCAGCGCUGCUGCACAAAAACAUCAGGGCAGGCUGCUGCAGCUGCCUGUGCUACACAAUCAGCUCAGCACAUGCUUUAGCUUCAGGGAUCUGUUUGUAGCGACGGUCACCAUCAGGCUGUUAACUCCUAGUGAGGUUUAGCUCGUAGUUUAAACGUUUAGGUAGGUUAGAGUUGAAAUUAGCGACCGUUAGCGGCAGGUUUUCCCUUUUUUUUUUGUUUACGCUAAAACUAAAGUUGCUCGAGGAGACGCACUGCGAGUUAAUACGACUUGUUUCCAACUUCACCUGCGAAAUUAAACGUACAGGUUAACAUGUCGACUGGUACCAAACAAGCGAAAAGCUGCCCCAUCCCCACCAGGGUCCUCACCCUGAAGGACUGGUCCCAGCUGCCCGACUGCUACAGCCAGACGCCUGGGGGGACCCUCUUCUCCACCACGCCUGGAGGCACUCGCAUAAUCUACGACAGGAAGUUUCUCCUGGACUGUCGAAACUCCCCUCUGGCCCGGACGCCCCCGUGCUACCUGCCUCAGAUCCCCGGGGUCACGGUACCGUCCACGCACCCUGUGGGGAAACUGACGGACCUCAAAGAGGAGGUGGAGGAAGAGGACAAGGAAAUUACAGACGACAGCCAGUUUGAGAUGGACAUCUGAGCACCAGCUUUGCCUCCUAAGGAGAGUUACGGAUUUAAAGUGCCUGGAGUCACGAGUGACUGAGCAGCAUUAAACAAAGCUUUUUUUCACCUUUUUUUUUUUUAUAAGAAACUGUGGGGAACUAAAUGAGAAAGUAAUGACAGUAGGGUGGGUUUCACUUUCUCUAGAAAGUGUUAACGGUAGGGUAGUGAUUUUGUUACAGUGAGUUGAUUGGUUGCUCACUUAUUUCAAAGCAGGACUGAGUGGGAAUGCUGUUGAUUUAACUUUUUUAUCUUUUGUAAAUAAGACGUUUGUAUUACGCAGCCAAUAUUUUAAGUUGAGGAAGAUGAUUUACAUUAAUGGUGUAUCAACAGGCAUGAAGCAGUUCCUUUUAAUUUUUGCUCCAGAAAUGGAAAGUUGAACUGAAAUGGUGAGUGUCCUCAUGGGGGGGUGGGGUUUCUGCUGCAAAUCAGCUCUUACUUUGUUUUGUAUGGAGAGUUGUGAAAUCCUGAAAUAAAUAAUGUGAACUGCUA